CAACACCAUUGCACACACAGAUCAAGCUUGUCAUAGCAAGGUGAAAUAGCGCUGCACAGCACAACCGCAAAGAGGCAAGAAACAUAUAGUAAAAGUCACUAAAGCAAUGGAGCAAUCUGUGGAACAUAUUAAUAUGGUCGCCGUAAAGAAAGAUGUGCCUGUAAGUCGUAAUUAAUAUAUAGUGUUUUUGGUUUAUAAAACGGGCGUAUUCAUAUUAAAAUUUGAAAGUGGGUACACAAGCUAGGGCCAUUUAACUUCGCCUUAAUAUGCAGUCUUGAAUUGCGCACUUUAACUGUAUUUAUCAACACAGACGGCUGAUAUACUGUCAUUGCCUUACAUGUGUAUGAAACGAAGUAGUGUUUAACAAAUUGGUGUUUAACUCUAUGAUGCUUGUUUCGAUUCAUGAGUCCACGUCUGUGUCUCCACGUGUUCGACCUAUUUACGUAAUUGACCUACUGAGUGGACAAAAAACACCUUGGCAAAAGUUAUAUUUUGCAUAAAAACACGAGAAUGUCUUGUUUGAUAAAAUAGCAAUGGGAUUUUCAUCAUUUUAGUCGUUUCGCAGUAUUAAAACAGUUUCUCUUUGGUAAAGAACAACAUUUUAAACUUUAUUUAUUUCGUUUUACAGUAAUGCAAUAAUAUGGCGUUGACAGCAAUGGCUAUCCAUUUACAUUUAAAAUACGCUAUCUAUUGCAAAACAAUGGGAACCACGUGAAGUGUUUUGCUCGAAAAGUUGUUAUUCCAGACGAUGUUUGCGGUUUUUUUGUGAAUUUUGGUAAAAUUUAUAUAAGUUAAUAUUCCCUUGUACCAUUUAUUUUCUCUUUACCAUUUUUUUAUGAUAUAGCUCCGCUAUUUUACAAAUUUGGCGAAUAGUAAAAAUGUGUUACUGAGUAUUAAACAAGUCGUUGUUGCAUUUCUUUAGUUUUUGUCUGGCAAGAGUCUCCUUUUGAGGAGUAAAUUUUAAAUAUGGUUUCAUACAGUUACAACAUUACACCUAACCAGGAGCAGUUGUGAGAAAUACAACUAAUUAGGCCCUCCAAGAUGGCAGGAAUUGAUACCCAAAAUUUACCCAUACGCAUUGCAUUGACAACACCUUACUAUAUACCAGUUUGGGUAAUUGUCGAGGGCCAUAGGUCGAAAGUCAAGGUCGAGGGUUGAAAGUCAUUAGGGUUGAAAAUGGAAAUAUUAUUUUUUCACUAUUAAUUAAAUACAUUUUUAGAAUACUACAUUUUCCACAUUUGUUGUCAAAAGGUAACUUUAAUGUUAGUAUAGAACAAUACCUUAAUUAGGGCAUAUUCGGUUUCUUUUUGUUUUUCGAGAGAGUGUAAAAUUGCUAAAAGUAAAUAUUCGAGAGCGGCGGUGAUUCGAAAAUAUAUUGUAUUUCAAUGUGCCCUAAGAAAUACGUAUGUUGGGGAAAAAAUUUUAAAAGCCCUUUGAAAAUUUUUCCAACCCUACUCAGUCCUCAGCGAGAGGGACAUUGGGAUUUACGGUAUGGCGGUAUUAGCUUAUUUUUCAUACCGUAUUUCGGUAUUUUCCUUGAAAAAUUGCGGUAUUACGAUAUUGGAAAUCUUGCUGUACACGGUAUUCCCAACUUUUGACUAAAAAACUGUGGUAAUUGACAAAAUUUGUUUGCAGUAUUACGGUAUUGAAUACCCCCCAAUGCCCCCCUCAUCAGCCCCCAUACUUUUUUCCCUUCCGUACUGGGGGAGAAUUUCAUGAUCUUAAUUGCAUGAGAAAUUUCCGGUAUCGGUAUACCGAAAAAAUUAUAUCGGUAUACCGGUUUUCCUUUGAUAAUUAUAAAGGAGAAUUCUCUAAUGGAAAUUUGAAAGAAAUUUUGAGUAAUUCUAAAAGGGAAAACGAUAAUUUCGAAGCUGUUUCGAACAUGUUUUGAACGACACGUACUCAGUGUAAAAUCUCACUGAAGUGGAAAUUCUAAAUCAUUGCAGUAGAAUGUUCUUUGAAUUGCCAUUCAGUGGUAAAAUAAAGGUUAUGGUUUUGCAAUAUGGUUGGUAAAUUUAACACGGUAUACCGAAAAAUCCGGUAUAUCGGAAAUUUCGCUAUAUCGGUAUGGUUGAAUAUCCAGUAUCGAUACACCGGUAUUGAUUUAAUACCAAUAUUUUCGGUAUAUCGGUAUACCAAACAGUCCUACUUAUUACAUUAAUUAAAUUUUUUUAACUUAUUAACUUUGCCAUUAUUAUAAUAACGGAAAUAAUUACAUACACUUAUCAUUAUAUUUUAUAUUAAUUAUAUCAGGAACUGACCGCAACAGCUAUAGUCUCCAAUUACUGCGGGUCCACCUUUUUGGUGAACAUUUGAAAAUGUGAUUUUUUUUAAUGUUACUGUAGUUCCAAUUCAAAGAAUGCACAUGCAGACAGGACCCGAAGACCAUACAAUGUCACUGGUGUGGCUAUUCCGUGGUAGGUCGUGUCAGGAAGAUAUGCCAAAUGCAUCCCAGGAUAAUACAUCUCAUGGACAUGGUGGUAUGCCCCAAAUGUCGGGGCACAUUAAAUUAAAUUUUUAUACAGUCCUGUUUACAUAGAUUAAACAUUGAAUUGUUAUCAUGGUACUACUGACAGUGAAUACAUUUUUGCUCUUCGCCAAGUUUGUGAAAUAGCGGAGCUAUUUCAUAUAAGUACGGUAAACAUUAUCCAUUUGAUGGACUUGCUAAUUGUCUGUCCCAAAUAUCGGGGAACAUUCGGUAAACUAAUGUCAAAGUUACUAAGCUGAUUUUACACUGCAUUAACAUCCAAUUAAGGGCACAGGGAUUAGUUUCAGAUUUUCUUCCUUGCAACUGUCUCAUUUUGAGAUGUAAUUGCAUUGUUAAUGACUAAACAUAUUGUAUAAAUACAAAACUAAAUGAUAAUAUUGACAGUGAAAAAACCCCACUUUGUCUUAUUUUCAGGCAAUUUUCAGUACCUCAACUUUGAUGUUGCAAAAUCUAGCAGUCCAAUAAAUUGUAAACCUGCCCUUCCAGAUAAAUGAUCGAAUGAUCAUUUUCUCAAAAUAAGCUUUAAAUAAUGUUCAUAAUUAUACAAUGUGGGAUUGUUUAUUAUAUAAAUUGUUAUUAUGCACCAUAUCAAUGUUAAGUCCUACAGGGAAGGGGGUCAGCAAUAUGUGGAGUAUUUCAUUGCCUUUGUCUCACCCCCUUGGAAAUUUGGUUAUCAAGGCGGGAAUCGAUGUUUGAAUGAGUUGGGCAUCUUGAAUUCUGUUCACACCUGUGCCCAUGUUCAGUGAGGCAUUUGAUCACAUUUGACAGACAUUUGUUGUGCCAUGGUAAUGGACAUUUGAUCUAAGAUUUGCAUGAAUAAUCGAAUGUCCCAUAUACAGGGUGUCCCCCAAAAAACCCGAAAACUAUUGAAAUCACUUAUUGUUAAAAUUGAAUGCCCUACCAAAAAGCUGGACGUAAUGAUGCGUAAAAUAUUGACAAGGUGCAUGUAUUAAAAUUUAGUUAAGAACAUCUCCUUGUAAAGUGCGCGAUUUUCUACUUUUGGGAAUUUAAAGCAGCUUCUAAAUUUACUUAUGUCAAUCAUUUAUCACUCGUGGGAACCAACAGAGUGCUAAGGCAUUCAAAUUCUAACAAUUAAAUUGUUAUUGGUGAUUUCAAUAGUUUUCGUUUUUUGGGACUCCCUGUAUACCUUAUCUCUCUCCCCUGGGGCUUAACAUGGACAGGUGCAAUGUGGAAGUGAGUGUUGAUUCGUGUGUAUACAUAUCGGACAGUUAACGCAGAAAAUAAGAAACAGAUAUACUAUAAUAUAUUGGCAAAUUGUGUUAUAUUUGUAUCAUAUGAGAAAGAUUAUUUAUUUUGGCGAUAUUGUUAUUAAA